AUGGACCUCAAGGAAGGUUGCGUGCCGCAACUUGGCCGCGAAGACAGCGACUUUGCCAACAAGGUGACAUGCCAGCUAGCAAAGGUGAUCAAUCGAUGUCUUCAACACGAUGCGCCUGCAAUGGAGCGCGAAGAAUGGGAAGAGCUGUCGAAGGAGACGGAAACCUACGUCGGGGGAUUCCUCUCCGAGCCGAUAAACAGCGCUGGCCUCAACAGCGAGAGCUAUUUCCCAGCGCUCUGGACGCCGUGUGACUGGGAUACUUCCAGCUGGCAGUACUGGCAUACUGCCAUGAUAAUCCUUUGUCUCGCGGAACCGCGACCGUCGGAAGGCAGUGCCCUGAAGCAAAUCCAACGGACACAAUCCUUCCAGAAUACGCUGGAUUACCACGCCACAUACAUCUGCGCGCUGGCCAUUAACAGUUCCUCAACGCCAGUGUGGAUCAAUUCGUUCGGACCCAUCUCGUUCUGUGCGAGAUGGCUACGAGAGCGUAAGAAGGCGCUUGAACUGAUCGACGCUGUUCGGAACUGGGGGAACAGAACAGGGUGGCCGGUUGGCGAGGUCUUGGACUGCAUCCAGGCGCCCUGGGAUCAAAAGCCUGAAAUCCAGGGCCAAAAAGACUAA